AAAGUAUUGAAACUGUAUUAGGAGAAAGGAACGCUGAUCUAAAAAGAUUACUGAAGAUAUAUGGACAAAGUUCAAUAUAUUAAAGAUUCACAGACAUGGAACAAUUCAAUGGCAUAAGUGAUGGAGAUAUUAAUAUAAGUGAUAUCAUUGACGUCAUUCAAACCACUGAUCCUGAUUCUAUGGCUACCAUAGUAAUGGACAGCGAACAGCCACGUGUUGAAAUUUUAGAACAACCAGCUAGUAAAGCGCUGCGGUUUCGCUAUGAGUGCGAAGGCAGGUCAGCUGGCAGCAUACCAGGUGUCAACAGUACACCAGAGAACAAAACUUUCCCUAGUAUACGAAUUGUGGGUUAUAAGGGUCGUGCUAUGGUAGUUGUGUCCUGUGUAACAAAGGAUGCCCCCUAUAGGCCUCAUCCACAUAAUCUUGUGGGCAAGGAAGUAUGCAAGCAAGGUGUUUGUACAGUAGAAAUUCCAUCGGGAAAUAUGGUUGUUACUUUCUCAAAUUUAGGCAUUCAAUGUGUAAAAAAGAAGGACAUUGAAGAAGCUCUUAAAAUGCGUCAAGAGUUACGAGUAGAUCCUUUUCGAACUGGUUUCGAACAUAAGAGACAUCCGACUAACAUAGAUCUUAAUGCAGUGAGAUUAUGUUUUCAAGUUUUUUUGGAAGGAUCACAGAAAGGAAAAUUUAACAAGCCUUUAGCGCCCAUUGUGUCAGAUCCUAUUUAUGAUAAAAAGGCAAUGUCAGAUCUUGUGAUUUGCAAGUUGAGUCACUGCAGUGCACCAGUCGCUGGCGGCAUAAAUAUGAUUUUGCUGUGUGAAAAAGUCGCGAAGGAAGAUAUACAAGUGAGAUUUUUUGAGGAGAGAGAUGGGCAGUUAAUCUGGGAAGGAUAUGGCGAUUUUCAACCAACACAUGUACAUAAGCAAACAGCAAUAGCGUUCAGAACGCCUAGCUAUCGUACACAAGAAGUGGAACAACCGGUACAAGCGUUCAUCCAACUUAGAAGGCCAUCGGAUGGUGCUACGAGUGAACCUCUACCAUUUCAGAUGUUACCACUAGGUACAGGUAGGCCUGCUUUCUGGUCUUUACGGAAAGCGUUUGCCAGGAAGAAGACAGAAUACAGUACCUUCACUAAAAUCUUGUCUGCGGAAACUGCUCUUUUUGACAACGUAGCUCCUAAGUUUUCUCGUAAUAUCGACGAAUUCAACAAUAAUGAUCUAAACACGAAAAAAUUAAACAGUAAAAUCUCUGCAUUGCGCGCUUUAAACGAUUUGUAUAAUGUAAAAAAUCACGUAGAUCUAUGUAAUGGCGAUUUAAAGGCAUUAAUAAAUUCUGCACAAAAUGUAGAACAGCCCGCGAAAAGUGCUGUUUUAAAUUAUGAGAAUAACGAAACGAUAAUCCCGGGAAUAAACGCGGAAAGUAAUAGGGAAAUUAGCAAAUUGUAUAUUCUUGGUGAUAGUAAUGUAGAGAAUAAUGCAUUUAAUUCCGAGUAUAAAGAAAGAAUUGUCGAUGCGACACCUUGUGUGAAAUCCAACGCACAAGAAAACGGCACGUCCGUAUUAAAAAGCGUCGAUAAUUCGAAGGAUAGAUCAGAUUGGUUCGAUUUUGAAAUAGGCAAAUGGGUGCAGAAGGGACAAGUGUGCCUUAAGGAGAAAAAUAAUGAGACGGAAUUUAAAAAUGAGACAGGUGGUGACAGUAGACCAUUUAAUGAAUUUUUAUCGCAAGUAGCUGAGCUUGAUCAAAUAUAUGCCGAUACGCAUAACAAGUUGGUACAAGCAGUUGCGGAAACCAAGGUCAAUUCACAAAUGAUGGACAUUGAUGUCUGUGACAAUCAAACUUAUACCAGUUUACAAAUGGCUAUGAAAAAUCCGGUAGAGUUGUUCGAUAUUACCGAUGAUAGAAAGUACGAGGACGUAGCCGUCCCGACACAAGAUGCGGAAGUACCCGUUGCGUCUCCAACAUUAACAAUUAAGAGAGAUGUAAUGCAUGAAUCGGAGGAGAGAUUGCCACCCUUGCCCCCCAAGCGAAUACGCAAGAUGCCAUCAAUGCCACUUUUGCCGCGUCCAAUAUCCGCUCAAACUCUCACUACCUCGCUCACCAAGGCACCGAAUAAGGAUUUACCGUCCUUACCCGGUACUUUAUCGAAAAACGCUAGGCAAGGGUUAUUUUCAAAAUUAUUUGCUAAAAAAAUUAAAAAAGACAAAUGCUUAGAUCUAAGUAGAGAUAAUGAUCCGUCAUUGAAUAUCUCAUAUUUAUCAAGGACUUCUGUGCAAGAUGUUGUACAAUCACAAAUUCCACGUCCUAGUAUGACGAGUGUUAAAUCUCUUAAGCUAAAUGACGAUGAACCACCGUAUGGUGUAGAUUUAACUGAGGCAGAGCACUAUGCUCUGUAUACUACUAUGGCACCACGCGCGACUGCCUCAGAAUUUGAUGAAAUGUCUUUUUAUUAUAGUCUAGUUGAGGAUGGGAAGAUACUGACGGAAACAAAAGAGACCUAA